AAAAUAAAAAUAAAAUUAUAAAAUACUAAAGAAUCCCUAGACUUUCGAUCAGAACCGCCGCGCCGCUCAUCGAGAUUUCUCCUCUUAAGUCUUCAGAGCCGCCACUCUUCUUUUUCUCCUCGAAGCUUCUUCUUCUUCAUCAUUACGGUAAAAGAAAAGAUGCCUCGGAAGAGAAACCAGAGCGACGACGAAGAGGACGAUACCUUCUUCUACCGCUACUCCUCCGCCGCCGCCGAGGCGACGCCGUCCACCGGCGCAUCCAAAUCCUCGCGCGGCGGCGGAAGCGGAGGGCUGGCGCCGUCGAAAUCGACGGUGUACGUCAGCAACAUCGACUACAACCUGACCAACUCCGACCUCCACACGAUCUUCUCCACCUUCGGCAAGCUCGCCAAGGUCACGGUGCUCAAGGACCGCGCCACGCGCCAGAGCAAGGGCGUGGCGUUCGUUCUCUUCGUCCGCCGUGAGGACGCCGCCAGGGCGGCCAAGGAGAUGGACGGGAAGAUCCUCAACGGCCGAACCCUACGCGCCUCGAUCGCCGCCGACAACGGGCGCGCGACGGAGUUCAUUAAGAAGAAGGUGUACAAGGACAAGAGCAGGUGCUACGAGUGCGGCGAGGAGGGGCAUUUGUCGUACGAGUGCCCGCGGAAUUUUUUGGGGCCGAGGGAGCGGCCGCCGCCGCCGAAGAAGGGGCGGCGAGGCGGUAGCGGUGGAGGGGAGAGUAGGGGGAGGGAUUUUGAAGGGGGGGAGGAGGAGGAACGGGAAGAUGAAGGUGAGCUGGAGAUGGAGAAUUGGGCGUCGGUGGUGGAUGGAGGAGGGGCGGCGGAGGAGAGGCUGCUGAAGGUGGAGGAUGGGAAGGGAGGAGUGAGAAAGGAGAGGAGAGAGAAGAAGAAGGGUUAUUUUAGCGAUGAGAGUGAUGAUGAGGAUUGAGAUUUCGGAAGGAUAAUGGAUUUUAUCUGCCAAUUUUUGUAAAAUCUGUUUUUAGUUUCAUCCAUACACACUUUAUUCAUCAUGUUUGUUUUCAAAUUUUCGAAUUCACAAACUUAUUCAACUUCA